AUUCAAUUAUUAGUACAUUUUUGUUUAUUCCUUAAUAAUCAAUACAAUUUUAUACUUCAAACACCUUGAAAUAUUUUAAUUGUUACAUUAUUUUGUUGUAUAUAUAUACGUAAGUAGGUUUAAACAUUGCUUUUUUUUCAAUGAUUGCACUACUUUUGAAAUCAGUGGUAUAAAAAUUCGAUAUUUUUUUAGUUCGAUUUCUUAUCAUUUAUCGGUCGUUCAAUUUUGCAUUUGUUACAAUGUUCAAUCAUUACAUUUUUAAAAUUAAUAUUUAGAAAACGAACACUAAACGUGAAAUUUUUGUUACCUGAAUUUUAGUUGGUAAAAGCAUUGUUUUUGAUAGCCUUAAAAGAUCGAUACAAAAAUGUCUGAACUAAUUUUUCGCCUGCUGAUUUUGACAUUUACUUAACUUUGACCAUUGAAUUAAUUAAUUGUUAAGUCUGUACGAUUAAUCUUCCACUGUGUCCAACAAAUCGACAUUCUUCAUAUAAUAUUAAAAAGUGUUGUAAAGUUAAAUACUUUAGCGUAGAAUUAAAAAUGGCAUCUCCACAAUUACGUGAAGCGAUCGAUCAGUGGUUGAAGUGGGACCAAUGCGAGAAAACUCUAUCCGAAAUAAAAUCGCUGGAACAAGCAGAGGAUUGGAAAAAAUUAGACGAACUUUUGAAUACCCGUCUGGCAUUUGGCACCGCCGGUUUGCGGGGUAAAAUGCGGGCUGGCUUCAAUGGUAUGAACGAUUUAGUCAUAGCACAAACUGCACAAGGCUUAUGUACCUACAUGACGGAGCAAAUUAGCGAUACUUUGCCGAAAGAACGUGGCAUUGUUUUUGGCUAUGACGGCCGACAUAACAGUAAACGGUUUGCAGAGAUCUCGGCAAAUGUUUUUGUGCGUGCUGGGUUUAAGGUUUACCUCUAUCGAUGUUUAGUAGCCACUCCUUUAGUACCGUACACCAUACGGCAUUUCCAUUGCCUAGGCGGUGUAAUGGUAACUGCUUCACACAAUCCAAAAGAUGAUAAUGGCUAUAAAGUGUACUGGAAUAAUGGAGCACAAAUCAUAUCGCCCCAUGAUAAAAACAUUCAGAAAGCUAUAUUGGCGAAUCUUAAGCCAUGGGUAGACACUUGGAAUACAGAGAAUUUAUAUAACUCAGCAAAUCUCAUUGAUCCGAAAGAGGCUAUUAAGACUUACGUGGACAAAGUACGUGAAACAUUGCCACCACCUUUUAUUGAAACGAAUAGUCGAAGCAACUUGCGUUUAGUUUACAGUGCAAUGCAUGGAGUGGGAUAUCCUUUUGUGAAAGAUACAUUCGAAGCAGUAAAAUUGCAACCUGUUAUAGCUGUGGAAGAACAAAAGGAUGCAGAUCCAGAGUUUCCAACUGUAGUAUUUCCAAACCCAGAAGAGGGUAAAAGCGCAUUGGAAUUGUCAAUAAAAAAAGCUGACAGUACCGGUUGCUCAAUCAUUCUUGCCAAUGAUCCAGACGCCGACCGAUUGGCUUUAGCCACGAAAAAUCCAAAUACCGGCAAGUGGAAGGUUUACAGUGGCAAUGAAAUCGGCGCACUGCUCGGUUGGUGGGCUAUACAUCUCUACAAGCACACACAUCCAGAAGGUGAUCUCUCCAAUUGCUAUUUUCUUGCCAGCACUGUAAGCUCUAAGAUACUAAGGGCUUUUGCCGAAAAAGAAGGUCUUCAUUUUAUUGAGACCCUCACGGGUUUCAAGUGGAUGGGUAACGAGUCGGACAAGCUCAUUAACGGUGGAAAAACGGUAUUAUUUGCCUUCGAAGAGGCUAUUGGUUUCAUGUUCUCGACUAAUGUCUUAGACAAAGAUGGCGUAAGCGCUGCUUGCCAUUUAGCUUCAAUGGCCUGUUACCUUGAGGCGAAAGAAAAAAUGUCAUUCGAUGAGAAACUACAAACAAUAUACAAGGAAUAUGGAUUUCAUUACAAUAAUUCAUCUUAUUACUUUUGUUACGAACCACCAGUUAUUAAGAAGAUUUUCGAACGUCUACGUAAUUUCGCUGGGGAAUCGAAAACAUACCCGUCUAGCAUACUCGAGGGAAAAUACAAAAUUAAGUACAUACGCGAUUUGAGCAAUGGCGUUGAUACAGCACAAUCUGAUGGUAGGGCCAUCUUACCCGUUAGCGCCAGCAACCAAAUGAUUACUUUUACAUUCGAGAAUGGCCUAGUCAUUACACUGCGCACAAGUGGCACUGAACCAAAAAUCAAAUAUUAUGCCGAAAUGUGUGCACAACCCGGACAAGAAGAUUUUGAUGGUUUAAUUAAUACCACUAAUGAGAUGGUAGCAGCUAUAGUGCAAGAAUUUUUGAAGCCAAAUGAGAAUAACCUAACAGCUAAGUCUGAUUGAAGUCUACAUUAAUGCUAACAAAUAAUAGAAACAAGAAAGUAUUGAUUUUAAGUUGUAAUACGUGGUAAAGGAAAAAUCUUAAUUUCACUUAAGGCAUUUCUAAUUGGACGCACACAACUUAUAGCUAUUUGUCCCCUCUCAGGUUUUAUUACGUCAUUUUAAACAAUCAUAAAUAACAUUCCGACUAACGCGAUCACGGAGAUUACAUUUGUUUACAAGUAAAUAGCGAUAAUUUGAAAAAUGUCUUUGUUACAUUAUUUAAUAUUAUUUAUUGCGCUCACAUACGAAUAUAAUUCGUGUUUCAUGGUGUGGAACUAAGGUUUCGAUUUUGUUUUAAUUUGUUUUCUACACAAAUUCCAUUGAUUUACCAAAGGUAUACUAUUUUUUUAAUUGUAUUUAUCGUACUAUUGCUGGACAAGAAUAAAGUUCAUCAUUAUAAUUGUAUAAUCUCAGUUCUCACUUAAUAAAUGCAAUUAAUAUUAUUA